CCCCGGUCGGCGCAAGGCUCCGCCCACGCCAUCGCGGUAUGGCAUCUGUACUACUUAGAGCAUGCGCCGUCCAGCUUCUCGGUCACAUUCUGUGUAGAGUCGAGUUGUCACUUCCCUCACUCCGACUCCUCUGCUCGGCUUCGCUGCUGUGGCCCCUCCCUACCAUGUCUGACGUUCGGACCUACCCCAAUCAGCAGGCGGGCGGAUACGCUUCCGAGUCCAUGUCGAGUUUCGGCGUCUAUAUCCCAUUCCACCCCUCAUAUCUGACUCCAGACCACAACCCCGACACCCUCGAUCAAUGGGAUGCGCGUCCCUACUCCUCCUCCCCACCACACCAGCCGACCGCCCAAUACCCCACGCAACACCCCACCAUCACCAUCCCACCGUACCAAGGCCACCCCAAAGACCCCAACCGUCCCCGCAGCAGUCCCAGCACCUUCGGCCCGACCUUCGACAACACGCAGUGGCCCGUUUCCAGCGGCCUGCCAUUUUCCAGCGGUCUUCCGCUCCCCGAUGUCGGAUUGGGCAUCUACCAUCCCAACACCAUCGGCCAGCCGACGCCAGUGACUUCCACUUUCCCCCCCAACUUCCUGCAGCCCUUUGCUUCUCCCACCAUGGCGCAGCAAGAGCACGAGGCGAUGAAGAGGAAAGACUCGCAGCAGCAAACCACAAACCUUUGCAGCACGUCAAGUCCACCAGGCAAUCGAAUCGCCCACCCGCAGCCCCGCAAACCCUCCUCCAACCAACUCGCCACAAACAUCACAGCUACCGCCAGCGGAGGCACUCCGCAAAAGCGCAGACGCAGCGAAGACGACCAUCCAGCCGACGCGCCUCAGUCCAAAAACAACAAGCGCCGCCGCAUCUGCUCCUUCAACCUCGCGGAGCUGAGCGACAACGAUCGCCUGCUCGCGCAAAUCUGCGCGGAGAAGUCCUACUCGUGGAAGGACGUGGCCGAGUGCUACUCGGAGGUGGUGGGCGAGCCGACGAAAAUCGAGACGCUGCAGAUGCGGUACGGGCGGAUGCGGGGCAAGACGCGCGCGUGGACGGAGGGGGACGUCGAGGCGCUGCGCCUGGCGGUCGAGGUGUGGGAGGAGAAGAAGUGGGAGAUUGUCGCCAAGGAGAUGCUCGCCUUUGGCAUUGCAGAGAAGUGGAAUGCGUCACAGCUGGAGCGGAAAUGGCGGGAAUUGGAACUGGCAGGUGGUGCGGCAUCGAGAGGCAGUGGUGGCGCGAGGACCGUGGCCAUGACGCCCGCCCUGUCGCAGUUUUCUUCGUCGCAGCUGUCCACGCCCAUCGACGCGCCGGCGCAUUUCAAUUGGCCACUGCCGUGAGUACAUCGAUUGGUCUUGACCUACCUCUGAGUUCGAGAAUCAUACCCAAGGCGCAAGUGGAGUGAGCCGGCGCAGGACAAGGGUAGGCAGCGGGCUUUUGCAUUUUCAAUGAUACCCCUUACACUCGCUUUGGACA